AUGCAGUCUGCCUUGCUCAAUGCGCCAGAGCCGGACCCAGUUCUCGAGCGAAGCUAUACCGUCCGGGUUGCGGAAGGCUCCAUUCAAGCUGCCAACUCGCCCGCACAGAUCCCGGCAAGUCCGCCAGCUUUACUGGAUUCACCGACAAGCCUCUUACCCGUACUCAACAAGCGUCCGCGGCUACACCAUAGCACAUCCGGCGAGGACACCUACGAUGACAGCUCGCCCGAAUCUCCCAAGGGCUCCCUGUUCAAACGGCCUACACUCAACAAGUUAAGAACGUCCAGCUUGAGCACGUACAAGGUGCCUGUCAGGCCGAAUGCUCGUGCUGCACUCGCUAGAAUCGGGCAGAUCAGUGCGGCUCCCACCGCAACGAAAGAGCUUACCUUUGAGCUUGCAAGAAUCGACGGAGGCAGGGAAGCGUUGCGGUUCUUAGUGUAUGCGUUCAUCUUCGAAGCAACAACGACAGGCAUCGGCAACUCCUACGGUGUCAUGUUGGACUUUUAUCUUCAACAGCCGACGUUUGCCGACUCGAAGGGCGCGGGGACGAUCUUGCCGCUGGUUGGUACCACGGCAGCGAGCUGUUUGUAUAUCGGCGGACCCAUCUUGCUCGCUCCGCUGAACCGCUGGCCACAUCGCUGCAAGAGGCUAGCAAUCUUCGGCACCAUUGUCUACAGUGCCGGCCUGGCACUUGCAAGUACUUGUACCAAACCAUGGCAGCUGCUCAUCACGCAGGGCCUGAUCACUGGACUCGCCGAUGCUUUGGUGUAUUUCACUACUUUCACCUGGCUGACCAGCUACUGGGUCAAGCGUCGGGACCUUGCGGCCAAUAUCUCCUUGGCCGGUGCAGGAGUGGGUGGCGCAGUCAUGCCAUUCGUCGUGCAUAAGCUGCUUGAUUCGUACGGAUACCCCACGACGCUUCGUGCACUGGCUGUGGGGACCCUCGUGGUACGAGGGAGUCUGCUGCCAUUCAUGCAUUCGCGGCUACGUCAUGUGCAUCAAGCAGCAGGACGCGACCCCGGCGUCAAGCUUAGCGCAUUCGAUAGAAUCCCACACCAGAAUCCCUUAGUCUGGCUGUGCGCCUUUGGCAGCACUGUCCAAUCUUUGAGUAAAUUCGCAAUCGGUCUGUACCUGCCAGCAUUCGCAAAUGCGCUUGGCUUGAGCACCGAGCAAGGCACUAUCCUCGUCAUGCUCAACAACCUGUGCGCGACAAUGGGACCGCUGCUCGUCGGUCUGGCUGUACGCAAGCUCAACCCGCAUUGGGUUGCGAUCACGAAGACGACAGUGAGCUCGAUGAUCGUUCUUCUCCUGUGGGGCGCCAGCUCGACCUACGGCGUCUUGGUUGCCUUUGCCGUCGUCAUUGGUAUCACAAGCUCAGGCUAUUCGGGUCUGUAUGGUGCCUUUGCGGACGACAUAACAAAGACGAGCAAUAAUGGCAACACGCUUUGGGGAAUGUUGACUCUUGCACGCGGAGUAGGGAACAUUAUCAUCGGGCCCAUCAGUGCAGCUCUGCUGCGCACAGAAGUCCCCGGCCUGAAAUGGCGCGGCUACGGUGCUCACAGUCCUCAGGCUGGGCAUUUUGGCCUGCUGAUCCUCUUCACGGGCUGCACCUUCAUCUUCGUGACUCUGAUCCACCUGUUCAUCAUCGCGAUUAGCGAACGAGUCGAAGGCCGCAACGCAGGCUCACCCUCGACUGAGCUGACGCCCGUUCAGCUUGCUGCGCAAGACGACGGGGAACUCAAGACCCAGACACCAGAUGAACAGCAGCUUACUAUACCUCACCAGCUUCCACGCCACAGCGCAGACCACAGCACACACAGUGCACACACACAUCAUUCCCGCGAGAAUGUGACGGAGCUCGAUAUGCUCGAUUUUGCUUGA